AUGAAAGGGGAACUUGCUGUGUCGGGCUAUGCGCCUCGCACAGCCAGCAAAUUAAAACCUUUCCUCUUGUCUUUUUGCCUCGUUAGUCUGCUCUGCCUCGCCUUCUAUCACCGUCUCCCCGGCGUCACCCUUCUUCGGCCUGCCCGCCAUUUCAAUCUUGAACAACUGCUCCUCUCCGUCCCCGACGCUACCAAAGCCCGCCAAUGGAGUGUCCACUACACCUCUGAGCUCCGUUUCCCCGGCCAAACUCUCCCCAGUGGUCAUUGGACACAGGAAAAAUGGAAAGAGUUCGGCAUCGACACGACGUCCAUCCAGGCCUACCCCCUACCACUCCCAUUGCCGCUUCCCGUGUCAAGCCGCCUAGCUCUUGUGAAUCAGACCGAUGGGGAAGUGCUCUACGAGGCCGCGCUGACCGAAAAUGCAACUGAUCCCAACCCACUCACAGGCGAGAUCCUGAAUGCCCCCCAGUUCGUUGCUUUUGCUCCCAGCUUCAAAAUCAACGCGUCGGUUGUGUAUGCCAACCAUGGACGGCUGGAAGAUUUCGAGGAUCUGGCCCGGGCGAAUGUCAGUGUGAUGGGGAAGAUCGCCAUCGUCAAGUUUGGGUUGCCGGGGAGCAAGUUCUACGAGAUUCUGCAGCAGACGGGCAUUAUGGGAUGGAUUGUCUACCGGGAUCCAGAGGUGGAUGGGGAGAUUACCGAGGCGAAUGGGUAUCUUGCGUAUCCAGAUGGUCCGGCUCGAGCACCGAGUAGUGUUUUUCGACAGAAUGGGGCGCAUCCGGGCAAGGAUAGUGAACCGGUUCCUGCCAUGGCCAUCUCAUAUGCGGAUGCGGUUCCAAUCUUGAAAGCCCUCAAUGGCAUUGGGCCUCGCGCAGACGACCUGAAUUCGAGAUGGCAGGGCGGGCAACUCGGAUACCGGGGCGUUGGAUACAACGUUGGCCCUUCGCCUCCGAACAUUGUUUUAGUCAUGCAAAACAAAAUGAAGGACUCUAACGCGACGCUAUACACGUUGGUUGGCGAGAUCGAAGGACAAAUCAAAGACGAGGUUGUCAUCAUCGGCAACCACCGCGACGCGUGGGCCACGGGUGCUACCGACCCAGCCAGCGGCUCUGCGGCCUUGAAUGAGGUCGUCCGCGCCUUUGGAACGGCGGUCCGGAAUGGCUGGCGACCUCUGCGGACUCUUAUCUUCAUCAGCUGGGACGGCAAUGAAAUAGGCUUAUUCGGAUCCGCAAAUUAG